UCGAAGUGACAACACACACCUGGACCGCCGUUCGUAUGCGGUAUUUUCGACGACUCCACAUGGUCAAUAUCGAUUGAAGUCACUUCCGAAAAUCUUGUUUUUUUUUUUUAAUUUUCCGGUCAUUGAUAACCGUGAAAACAAAUCGAACGAUCCAGGUAGAUGAGUGAAAUCAGAUAAAUCAUUUAACGAAUUAAAAUCUUUUUUUUUUUCAGCGGAUAAAUGUUCGUUGGAUAUCAUAAAAAUAUGUUUCGUUGAAAAUAAAUCGUCUGAUAGAAAAAUCUGUGAAGAAGAUUUCCGCUUAUAUUCUAGUUCUGUGAUUUUUUUUUUUUUUUCUUUAAGCGAAUGAAAAUGUUGGAGCAGGAUUAUUCUAUAAAACUUUUCUUCUUACAAUUGAAUGAUUGGUUGUUCACGGAUAUUGUAUUUUGAAAGAAGAAUUUUAACGUCUCGAAAAUCUAGAGAAAGAAGAAGAAAGGUUUGGAAAUUUUGAAUUUUGAGUAUAAACUUCGUUUUUUCGCGGACCUAGCGCAUUGUUGUGUAUUGUUUAAACUGGAAUGAAUGAAGUUAACAGAACGUUUUGAAAAUUUUAACCAGUGCACCGGUUCAGAGCUACCGGAAGAUGUGAUAUGUGGAGCUAGGAUGCAGAGAUGUCCGCAUGCGGUGUCACAGAAAUGCAACAAACUUCGUGUGGAUCUUUAUAUGGUGAUUUAGAAGAAUAUUUGAAUGAGGUGGAGAAACGGGCCCAGCGGACUUGUAAUGACAGUGACGAUGUGUACACACAAUUGGCCCAGCGCGAAAAGGACCUCGUACUCGCGGCAGAGUUGGGGAAAGCCCUUCUCGAGAAAAAUGAAGAAAUCAGCAGAGCAAACGAAAGGCUGGCUGAGGAAUACUCACAUAAACUGGAGUUGUUGGAACAAGAGAAGCAUGCCCUGCGCCGGAAGCUGGAUGUGCUGGAAAGCGAAUAUGAUAGUAGGGUGGCAGAGUUGCAGGGGGACCUCGCCCAGCUGCAGAAAGAUCUGGCCUUGCAGACCAGCGCUUACAAGUCAUACGAGAAAGAGAAAGGCCAGCUUCUCGAAGAACUCACUGAGCAGAACCACCGACUCACGGCGGAACUCAAGCAGGCAUCGCGAACAGAAGAUCAACUUCAGAGUCAACUACAAGCUCUAAGGGAACAAUUUAAUGUUCGGAGAUCUAACCUCCACGACCACGUUUCUCAAUUAGAAGGUUUAAGAGAAGAAAUUAAUUUACUAUCCGAGAGAAAAUAUGAGCUGGAAAAAAGGAUAUCUGCUCUCAGUGAUGAGAGGGAGGGUCUCAAUGUGUCCUUGGAGGAAUCUAGUGACAGGAUCUUGUUGUUGGAGAGGCGGAAUAGAGAACAAGAGCAACAGCUUCGGCUUCAACAGCGAGAUAUUGAUGAACUUCGUCAGACCAACAGCCACCUGCAGAAUCGUCUGGAUGUAGUGUUGCGAAGGUGUGGGACACCCAUCAAUGGAGACAAACCUUCGCUCUUCAACGAGAUCGAGAUGUCCUCGCAGUCAUCGGUUGAGGAUGAACUUAGAUCGCCAAGUCAGUGUGGGAGAAGUAAAAAUCCUUCGCUUGGUUUUCUCGAGGACGAAAUCGAAUGUGACGAUUCUGAUUUGGCCCUAGCUAUGGAUACCGAGGAUUCGUGGAAGUUUCGUGAAGAGUUGGUUCCUAUCUACCGGCAGCUGAGACGCCUGUGCGAGGACCUCCGGCGCAGGAGAGACAACUACUCGUCUGCGGACAGUGGGAUUUCCCAUUCGCCGGAAGAGAUCCGUGCCAGCGAAAUCCGUCUGGGCAUGCUCACGUCCAUCACGAAAGAGCUGGGGAAUCUCAUAGAAGAGGCAUUCUUGUCACAAGACGAUGGGAUGUGUCAGUCAUGCCAGAGUCUUGCUGAGGACAGAGAGACAUUGGAAAAAGUCCAGAAAGAGCUUCAAGAAAAGAAUGAAGAAAUUAAAAGGAAAACCGAAGAUGUAUCUCAGCUAAUUGCCAAAUUAACAUUGCAAGAAACAGAGUUGAAUGCACUAAGGGAAAGUAGAGAUCAGCUUCAGAGCGAUUUGGAUAACAGCGCUCUUGCCAAAGAUCAAAUUGUGAAGAAGGCAUGGGAAGUGAGAGAUCAAGCAGUUGCAAGGAAAAAUGCCGUAGAGAUUGAACUGGCCAGGACAAGAAUCGAUGUGAUGCAUAUCAACAGUCAACUCAUGGAAGCUGUGCAGCAGAAAAUUGAAUUGUCCCAGCAGUUAGAGCAAUGGAAGAUGGAUAUGGAAGUUCUGUUGGACAAUCAAGUGAUGAAGAAACUAAAAACACAGGAACAAGAAGACAAAAGACAAAAAUCUCAAACUGAUGCUUCAUUAGAUCCCCCACCGAAUAAAAGGCAGAACUCUAAAGGAAAACUAUUCAGAUUGUGGCGAUAAUAUUUAAUAAUUAAUGACCUGACAAUGCAUUUCAGCCAACGGACACUAUGUUGCAAUGCAUUCAUUUUGGUCAGGUGCUAUUUGACUUCGUUGACUUGGAUUUUGAGUCAAAAAAGUAAGAAUGUGGCAUUCAAAUUAAAUUUUUAUUGAGAGUCAUUUCCAAGAAACCUGCGCAGAUGUUCAUAUAUCAUCUGCAUUUCAACCUCUCGAAUGACAUAAAUUCUGGAUUAGCAUAUCUAGAGUAUUCGUUGUAUAAUUUCAAGUUGAAACGCUUAUAAAGCCAUUAACUAACUUCUGUGGUAUCUUAUAAGUAGUGAAGAUUCUGUUUCAAAACGAAAGACUUUUAUUUAACACUGAGAUUGAGUUGAGUCACAGUAUAUCUUGAUCUUUCAAUUUGUAUUUCAAGUAAAAAGUGAAUUCUCUAAGGUUGUGAACAAAUUAAAGUGAUGUGCACAUUUAUUGAUAUAUGUGUGAAUUCGAGUUGUUUGUGAUGUAGUUUGUGAAAUAAUUUAUGGACGUAAAAACAAAGUUUAACUCUAUUGACAUGAUUGUUUGAUGCUAUUAAGCUUAGAGAAAUGCAAGCACUUGACAUAGAGGGAUUUAAAAAUUGUAAUAUAUUGAAAAAAAUAAUGUUUCGGCACAAACGUUUUCUUAAAUAACUAUAAUUGUAAUUAAUCCUUUGAUCUGGAUCCCUUAGUACAAAAAAUGUACAUAAUGAAACUCAUUUUCAUGAAUAUUUUAAUUUCAUAUUCAUUAUUAUUGUAAAAAUGAUCUAAAAUCCAAUUAUUUCAAGAAUUUUUUAAACACUGGCAACCAUUUUAAAAAUAUUCUUUAAAUACCAAUUAGAUAUAUAUAUAAUAAAUCUCACAUUUGUACAAAAAAUUAUGCCUUUAUAAGGAUAUUUAAAAAUAAAUGGUAAAUUUAGAAACUUAUCUCAAAAAAAAAAUUGCAGUGCUGCUUUAUAUAAAUACCAAAUCAGCAAUAAUUGAAUUAAAUCUGUUAUCAAUCAAUUAAUAAAUAAUUAAAACAAUACAAUAUAAUAAUUAAUUAUAAUUUUGGAAUUUUAAAUUUACAGUUAUUAAUCUAAAUUGCUCCAUGAAUUAAAAAACCAGUGUUUUUCAUAAAAAUAUUGCUGCUAAUUAACACAAGCAUCGAUUUUGCAUUCUCUGAUUUUCUUUGUUAGCAUAAGUGUCAAGACAUAUGUUAUAGAAUUUAGAUCAUGAAAUGGUUUUUGACCGACUGAUGUACAGAAAUUUGAUUGACCGAUUGAUGUACAGAAGAAGUUUGAAGUGUGGAUUCAGAUCUGAGAAAGAAAAAAAAAGGUUCAUCUUGUUAUCUUCAUUUCUUAUGUGAUUUUCAUAUGACAGCCACUAUUUAAGGAACCGUCCAAGACAAUUGUGGUGUUGCUCUCUUGCAGUUUUAGCAUUUGUAGAUGUGAUACAAUUGAUGUUAUUGGUCGAUUUAUUGAAGAAAAAAAAUCAACAUCAAUCAUUUAUGAACUGUUGAAGAGAAUUAUGGACACUUUACAGAAAAGCUUCUAUUCCUGUUAUUGAUUGUUAUGGCAAACUUAUAAAUUAUUUUAUGUAAAUAAAGCUCUAUAGUGAACAUUUAUGUUGCUGAAAAUGUCUUCAAGUAGCAGAAGAAAGUUAUGUUCCUCAAAGGUGCUCACAGCUUUCUAAUUUAGUCCUAAAUGAGAUUUAGACAUUUUGUUCAUUGCUUGACAUUCCAACUGAAAUCUAAUUAAAAAAGUAAAUUUAUUAAAGCUUUUUCCAGUCAGUGACAUCUCAGCGUAAUAUUUCUUAGAAAUCUACGAAGGAUUGCUUAACCAGAAUAAUAUGUGUUUCUACCCGUUUUUAAUUUCGUUGAGGGAUAUCUAUUACUUUUAAACAUGAUUGAAAUAUAUUCAUAAUUACUUAACUAUAAUAACGUUAAAACAACUUAAUGAAAUAAGUAAAUAUUGCUUUAAAUAUAGCUUUGUAAAAACGAAUAUCGAAUACUGGUAUUUAAUAUUAAAUUCUGUUGAGAGAUAUCUAUUACUUUUAAACAUGAUUGAAAUCUAUUCAUAAUUACUUAACUAUAAUAACAUUAAUAAAAUAAGUGAAUAUUGCUUUAAAUAUAGAUUUGUAAAAACGAAUAUCGAAUGCUGGUAUUUAAUAUAAAAUUCCGUUGAGGGAUAUCUAUUACUUUCAAACAUGAUUGAAAUAUAUUCAUAACUAAUUAACUAUAAUAACGUUAAAACAACUUAAUAUGUUAAUAUAUUAAAACAACUUAAUGAAAUUAGCGAAUAUUGCUUUAAAUAUAGCUUUGUAAAAACGAAUAUCGAAUACUGGUAUCUAAUACUAAAUUCUAUUGAACAAUAUCUAUUACUUUUAUACAUGAUUGAAAUAUAUUCAUAAUCACUUAACUAUAACAAUAUAGUGGGAUUAUAUUUGAGAUUAUUUAACUAGACAUAAUAAUAAUAAAUACAAUAUGAUUAUAUUCAUGAUUCAAAUUUAGUAAAAUCAUUUUCAUUAUUUAAUUAGGAAUAACGAUAAUAAUAAAUCCAAAUCGAUCACAUACAAAAUUAUUUAAAUAGACAUACUGAUGAUAAAAAAUACAAUAGGAUCAUAUUCAGGAUUAUUAAGUAAGUGUUAUGCCGCAUUAAGUAGUUAUCUUCUUACUGUCAACCUCAGAUGUGACUGAUGAAGUAUCUAAUUUGGCAUUUUUUUUCUGCAAAUACACAGUUUAAGCAUUUUAAAUUUUUAAAAAACAAUUGUAAUUUGUUUUACAAUUAUUUCCUGUAAACUGUGCGCCUUAUUUAUCAAUCAAUAUUAUUGAUAGUCAUUUCACAGUCACAAGCUGCCUUUUGUAAGUGUGGUGUGAAAGCACAAAUAAUUGACGUGAUCAAAUAAAUAGCAAAAAAUGGAUGUUUUCACUGCAACGACUGUGAUAGCCUGUGCAUCGAUUUAUGUUAUA